UUCGUAUUUCUUGGAGUGCUCAAAAUUUUCGAUGACGUAAAAAUUGCCAUCAUGAAAAGAGCGAUGGAAUGAAUGGAAGUUGUCCUUCAGCAUCAGCCAUUCCGAUGAAACCAGUUAGGCAUUUUUAAGGCCGUGUUUCCUACAUCGUUUUAUUAAGCAACAUAGAAACAGAUAUCCGCUGCGAUGUCUGUUAUGGUUGAAUCCUUGUCGGCUUUUAAUUGAGAAGAGAAAGACAUCAACAGGUUUUCUUCGCUCUACAGACAUGGAUUUCGUACGAGUGAUGCUGUGCGUCUUGGCGUGCUGGAGCACCGCCGAGGCCGUUUUCAAUCUGAAAUACACAGUGGAGGAGGAAUUGCGCGCAGGAACGAAAAUCGCUAAUGUUACUGCGGACGCGAAAGUGGCUGGAUUCGUGCUUGGGAAUCGGCAACCUUUUUUGCGUGUAAUUUCCAAUUCAGAACCACGAUGGGUAAAUCUAAGCCCGGCAGGACUGCUCAUCACUAAACAAAAAAUCGAUCGCGACUCUGUUUGCCGGCAGACGCCAAAGUGCAUAAUUUCUUUGGAGGUAAUGUCCAACUCAAUGGAGAUAUGCGUGAUUAAAAUCGAAAUCCUGGAUGUGAACGAUAACGCGCCCCGAUUUCCCACCAGUCAUAUCGACAUCGAGAUCUCGGAAAACGCCGCACCUGGCACGCGGUUUCCCCUAGAGGGGGCAAGCGACCCAGACUCUGGAAGCAAUGGCGUUCAGACUUACACAAUCACCCCCAACGAUAUUUUCGGACUAGAAAUCAAGACCAGGGGAGAUGGGUCUAAAAUAGCCGAGCUCAUAGUAGAAAAGACACUUGACAGGGAAACACAGUCUCAUUAUACGUUUGAAAUAACAGCUAAGGACGGCGGAGAACCACCAAAGACUGGGAGUGUACAACUUAAUGUCAAAGUAAUUGAUUCCAAUGAUAAUAACCCUGUGUUUGAUGAGCCUGUUUACACUGUUAAUGUGAUGGAGAAUUCUCCUACAAAUACAUUAGUAAUAGACUUGAAUGCCACUGAUCCAGAUGAAGGAACAAAUGGUGAGGUUGUUUACUCAUUUAUUAAUUUUUUGUCUAAUCUGACUAAACAAAUGUUCAAAAUUGACCCCAAAACUGGAGUUAUAACUGUUAAUGGUAUUUUAGACCAUGAAGAACUGCGUGUGCAUGAAAUAGAUGUUCAAGCCAAAGAUCUGGGUCCAAAUUCAAUACCAGCUCACUGCAAAGUCAUUGUCAAUGUAGUAGACGUCAAUGACAACGCACCGGAAAUUAAGCUAUUGUCUGAAAACAGCGAGAUGGUUGAGGUUAGUGAGAAUGCACCUCUUGGAUAUGUUAUUGCACUGGUCAGAGUUUCAGACAAUGAUUCAGGUGCAAACGGGAAAGUGCAGUGCAGACUGCAGGGCAACGUGCCUUUUAGACUCAAUGAGUUUGAGAGCUUCUCCACUUUACUUGUGGAUGGCCGACUAGACAGGGAGCAGAAAGACAUAUACAACCUGACUAUUUUGGCUGAGGAUAGUGGUUAUCCCCAACUGAGAAGUUUAAAAUCUUUUGCAGUGAAAGUAACAGAUGAAAAUGAUAAUCCACCUUAUUUCACAAAGCCACAUUACCAAGCAAUGGUGUUGGAAAACAAUGUCCCAGGUGCAUUCCUACUUGCGGUGUCUGCUAGAGAUCCUGAUCUGGGAAUGAAUGGCACAGUGUCUUAUGAAAUCAUCAAGUCAGAAGUUCGAGGAAUGUCUGUGGAGUCAUAUGUUACUGUAAAUUCAAAUGGGGAAAUCUAUGGGGUCAGGGCUUUUAAUCAUGAAGAUACACGGACAUUUGAAUUUAAGGUCUCUGCAAAAGAUGGUGGAGAUCCUUCAUUAACAAGUAAUGCCACUGUGCGCAUUGUUGUUUUGGAUGUAAAUGAUAACACACCUGUGAUGACGACCCCACCACUUGUUAAUGGUACUGCAGAGGUUUCCAUUCCCAAAAAUGCUGGAGUGGGUUAUUUGGUAACUCAAAUCAAGGCUGAUGACUAUGAUGAAGGAGAAAAUGGAAGACUGACAUAUUCUAUUUCAGAGGGGGACAUGGCAUACUUUGAAAUUGACCAGAUUAAUGGUGAAGUGAGGACCACAAAAAUAUUUGGAGAAAACACCAAGCCUUCUUAUCAAAUCACUGUUGUGGCCCAUGACCAUGGGCAGACAUCAUUAUCUGCUUCUGCAUACAUCAUUGUUUACCUCUCUCCGGAUCUUAACACGCAGGAGCAGAUUGGGCCAGUAAACCUGUCUCUUAUCUUCAUCAUUGCUCUGGGUUCCAUUGCUGCUAUUUUGUUUGUCACAAUGAUCUUUGUAGCUGUGAAGUGCAAAAGGGAUAACAAGGAAAUUCGCACAUACAAUUGCAGUUUUUUUUACCUGCACAGGGUGACAGAGUACUCAUAUGGCAACCAGAAGAAGUCCAGCAAGAAAAAGAAAUUAAGCAAGAAUGAUAUUCGCUUAGUGCCACGUGAUGUGGAGGAGACGGACAAGAUGAAUGUGGUGAGCUGCUCAUCUCUCACAUCGUCGCUGAACUACUUUGACUACCACCAGCAGACGCUGCCACUGGGCUGCAGGCGCUCGGAGAGCACCUUCCUCAACAUGGAAAGCCAGAACUCAAGAAAUGCCGCACCGAACCAUGGUUAUCACCACACCUUCCCUGGGCAAGGGCCACAACAGCCUGACCUCAUCAUCAACGGCAUGCCACUGCCAGAGACAGAAAAUUAUUCCAUUGACUCCAGCUAUGUAAACAGCAGAGCACACCUCAUCAAAAGUACAUCAACGUUUAAGGACAUGGAGGGUAACAGCCUGAAGGAUAGUGGUCAUGAAGAAAGUGACCAGACGGACAGUGAGCAUGAUGUACAGAGGGGCCACUAUGCUGACACAGCUGUGAAUGAUGUACUCAGUAUGACUGUGCAUCCCAACAAUUGCCAGCUAUCAGAUCCAGAUCCCUCAGAAGGCUUCCACUGCCAGGAUGAGUGUCGGAUCCUAGGUCACUCAGACCGUUGUUGGAUGCCACGUAUGCCAGUGCCAGAGCAUGUUAAGUCACCCGAGCAUAAUCGUGAUGUCAUUGCCUUGUCUAUUGAGGCUACAGGCAUGGAUAUGCCACAUUAUGAGGACUGCGGAACCACCAAAAGGACUUUUGCCACCUUUGGCAAGGAUGGACCAGAAGAGGAGCCAAAAGACAAAAGGACAAAUGAGAUGACCACAAGCAUCUGCAACGUUAAAGCUAAUAGUGGCAUCCGUGAGGCUGGAAAUGGGCGUGAGGCCAUCAGCCCCAUCACAUCACCGGCACAUCACAAGAGCCCACAAUCUAAGACACCCACUGGCUACAAUACAUUAAAAUGCUGUGAUGUUGAGCGCAUUGUAAACCAUAGUCUGCUGCGCCAACCAGAGGGCAAAGACAGUGAGCCGGCCAUGCGUGAGAUCAACCCACUGCUGCAGGAUGGACGGGAGAAAGAAUCCCCAAGUAGCAAGCGCCUGAAGGACAUUGUGCUUUAACUAGCAUAUAGACACUCACACCAAGACUGCAAGUGCUGUUGAUAUGUGAAUGUGUGCUUAUAUCAAAAGUAGGGGGCACACAGUUUUGUUUCACGAGAGAGUUUGUUUAUAUUAGGCACAGAGAAAGAGUGUGCUGGACAGAAAAAAUGUGGCUGCCAGGCUAUGACAAAGGUCAUGGCUGAAUUGUAACAGAACUCUGUCUUUUUUUUUUGUUGUUUAAAUUUUUUUCUGUUUCUUUUUGGCAAACAGUGGACAAGCGGGUCAGUGUUAGCAAUGUGCAUGCUAAUUCCUUCCCCCUUUUAUCUCGUUUAAUCUUUCUUUUAAUCCUAAAGAAAAAUAUUUUUUGGUGGACUAGGGCUACCAUCUGAGCACACUCAUUGCCUUUUAGACUCAUAAACUGCUUUUGGAUGAUUGCCUUUUUUCAGUGCGCAGCUUGCCUCAGCUGCCAAAUGGUCUCACUGCACCCAGAGAGAAUAAUCCAUUGUUCUGGGGGGAGUUUUCCCAUGUUCUGUACUGCCCAGCCCAGCUCUCACAACAUUGGUUGUACAAGAGGGUGUGAGAAAGCUCUGCAGAUCUCAUUCAAUUUCCUGAUUACUUUCAUCAUCAGCUCUUUAAGUUUCCUCGAAACAUUGUUAAUAUAAAAAGUGAUAUGUGCUUAUUACCACGAAUUACGUUCAAUCUCACAAGCCUCUGAAGUUGGUAAAAACAUGCUCCAUGAGGAAAAAAGACACAUUGCCUCUGAAAUCUUCUGUGCACAUUCUUGACUGUAGCCAAUGGAGCAGUGUGUUCUAGUCUUGUUUUAUUCCCUUGUUUUUUAUUUGUUGUUAUUGUUGUUGUUGUUGUUGUUGUUGUUGUUUUUUUAAAAAAUUUUUAUCUAGGAUAGAAGGGGUCAUCAUUCAUGUCUUGCUAUGUGAAACUCUGUAUAGGGUUUACUAUGAUAAUUUUUAAUAACCUGUUGUUUAGUGACAAUCCCUUUAAUGUUUUGUUGCAAGAGUAAAAAAAAUAAAUAAAUAAAAAAAUAAAUAACCACUGGUGUUCAUCUAAAGCUACAGUAGCAUUUGUUUCACAAAAAUGGAAGAAAUGUGCAAAUAUAUUUUAUAAGUAAUUACAAAUAUAUAAUUAUAAUAUUUAACGCUGUUGUUCUUUUCUCAGCAAGAUACACUUAAUUAACAGGCUUUUUUAAAUAAUGACUUUGCUUUUAACUGAUCUUAGAUUUCUGUUUAAUGUGUUAACCCCCGGUAACUGUUUAAUUCAGUCCUGUUGUUAAAAAAAAAAUUAAAUAAAAAUUAAAAAAAAGGGUUUUUAUCAGUCAGUUAUUGUGCCAUUCAGUUUCUGUGGGGGGGAAAUGCAGGUAGAAGUUAAAAAAAAUAAAAAAUAAAUAAAAAUAAAGCUAUGUUAGCACCAACAGUAGUGUAUAAGUACAGUGAGCUUAGAGGGAUAUAGGAAAAUAAAUGUUAAAAAGGCCACAGGUUAAUGUCACAGGUUAACAGAUUAUAGUUUAUGGUUAAAAUGUAACAAUAAACAAUAAUCUGUUGAUUCACAACAAGGGUAACAUUUCACAUUUGUGAAGUACUUCUUUGUUGCACUUGAUAUAUUUCAUUGGUAAAGCUUCAUGUAGCUUCCUGCAGCUACAUGCGUCUGACUAGAUUUAAAAUGUUUUGAUUUAUAACUAGCACAGUAAUGUCAGUAUGUAUGUUGUUGACAGGACCAUGUAGAUUAGAUGGAAAUGGAAUGUGGAAUGGAAGGUCAAAGUUAAAACAUUUUAAACUGACUACAUGAAAAUGGAUACAAAUGGUUAAAAUGCAAAUUAAAUAGAUCCUGUACCUGAAUGUUUUGCUGGUCUCGCCAACAGUGUCUGGCAACAUAAAAACUGACUUAUCACUGAAUGUACACUGCAAAUUAUUAUUAAACUAUUAAAUGUUGUCCA